UCUCUUCCUCCCUUCAUGACUCCGCCCAUUGGUCCCACCUGUCAUUUUGACCGGGUGCACAGAGUUUUAGUUCCUAGAGCCGGGGACAAUUAAUUGACGCAAAGCUAAUUCACUUCUUUUUCAUUACUAGGACUCUAAAUUAAUACUGAGUCAUGGCAGUGAACACAGGCACCUCUCUAGUGCUGUCCAGUCUGUUGUCAGUGCUGGUAUUUGCUGGGAUGCAGAUGUUCAGUAAGCAGCUGGGAUCUACUGAGUGGCUCACCAUCCUGGGAGGUUUCCUGGGCUCAGUUCUCUUCAUCUGCUCCCUCACUGCAUUUAAUAAUCUGGAAAAUCUGAUUUUUGGGAAGGGAUUCCAAGCCAAGAUAUUCCCUGAGAUUCUGUUAUGCCUGUGCCUGUCACUGUUUGCCUCUGGCCUGGUACACCGUGUCUGUGUCACCACAUGCCUGAUAUUCUCCCUGUUUGCACUGUACUACAUCAACAAAGUAUCUGCUGCUCUCUACCAAGCAGCUGUUCCUGCAGUAACACCAGCAAAGGCUGCCAGCAAGGGCAAAAGGAAGAACUGAUGAAUAUGUUGGAUCCCACUCUCUCCCAGUUAUUCAGUCUGUGUUACCCUGGUGCUGAUGGCCAGUGCAACACCGCAGUUGCAUAUUUUGUCACAAUAAUUUCUUUAAGCCAUAACAUUUGGUGUAUUUCUACAGGCUUUUGAAAAUGGUUUAGGAAUAAUACUUUGACUACACAUUUGUAACCGUUAUAGCAGCAUGUUUUUUUUUUUUUCUACAGGGAUUUGAAUUUAAAUU